AUGAUCUCAGAUUUUAUCAUCAAGUUCUUCAAAUUAGAUGGGAUGUUUACUGAAGAGGAGAUCAUGAAGUGCUGUGGUAUUAUUCAGAUUAACGGACACGAGGUCCCACUCAUGGAGCCAGACUACGUAGCGGUGUUUGACCGUAUCUCCAUGGCCGAGCAUAACUGCAGUGCCAACUGCAACAAGAGUUUCACGUCUACAGGGGAAAUCAUCCUGAGUGCUGGUGUAGACAUCGCAGCAGGUUCCCACAUAUCGGUGUGCUACACAGAUUCGCUGUGGGGCACGGAGGCACGUCGGCAUCACCUUGCCGACUCCAAGUUCUUCGAGUGUACAUGCCGACGCUGCUCCGACGUUACCGAGUUCGGCACCAUGUUUAGCGCGGUCAAGUGUAAACAGAAGGACUGCAAGGGUUAUUUACUUCCUGACACAUUUAUUCUCCCCAUCCUGCACAAAACUAAAUCACCGGACCCAAAUACAAGGGGUUUGGACAAAAAGUUCUGGAAAUGCAACAGCUGCCAAGACGCCGUGUCUGAUGCUGUCAUCCAGCAGCUUCUGCAAGACAUAGGGCAGGAGUUGAACGUUAUGCCCAAAGGAGACGCUGAUGCCUGCGAGAGGUUCGUCGACCAUUGCUCCAGCUAUCUGCAUCCCUCGCAUUUCUAUAUGACUGAUGUAAGCCUGGCGCUGGCCCAGAUGAUCGGCCAGGACACGCUGGGCCUAGCAGCGGUCAGCGACGAAAGGCUUCUCCUCAAAACGCAGCUCUGCAAGAAAAUCGCUGACUUACUGGAAACCUUAGCUCCUGCUGAAAAUAGACUUCGAGGUUCCUUGCUAUUUGAACUGCACGCCGCGGUAGCAGAGACCGGAAGAAGGAAGUCUUUGACGGAUGGUCCGAUGGUUCUACUUGGAUAUGUAACCGAGUCGCGUAAGAUCCUCCAGGAGUCCGCGGCGCUGUUACGUCACGAACCACCAGAAUUGCCAGAAGGGCAAUUGUCUCGCCAGGCCAAGAUUAACUUAGUUCAGAUGGACGAGCUCAUUAGGAACCUUUCAUCGGCUCUACCAUCUCCUUUAUGA